AUGUUGCGCCUGGUCAGUACAGAAAUUCACACCGUCAUGUACUUUUCAAAGUAUUGGAGAGAUACAUUUGACUCAAGUAAUGCCAUUGAUGGUCUGAAAUCAGACCUCUCAGUGUUCCGGGGUCAAUGUGCAAUAUCAGCUGGUGGAUACAAAGAAGCCACAUGGUGGGUAAACCUGACUUCCAUUCACAGUAUCCAUGACAUACGGAUAUAUUACAGGACGGACAACAACGAUUGGGGUUCUUCGAAUGGAUUCACCUCAAGAUUUUUGGGAUUUUAUGUUUAUGUCUCUAACACAACAGACAAAUUAGAUGGUCAUCUAUGUUUCCACGAUACAAAUUACUCUACAAAAACUAUUCCAGCUGUCGUUGAUAUAAAUUGCACUGUUCAUGGCCAAUAUGUCAUAUACUAUAACGAGAGACCACAAAACUCGCCUCAUUCCAGACAGUAUUCACCAGAUGCACACGUUGAAUUGUGUGAAGUGGAAGUGAAUGGUUGCAACAAAACGGGAUACUAUGGACGAAAUUGUUCUCUUCCAUGUCCUACAAACUGUCAACACGGCUACUGUCACAUCGAGACCGGUGUUUGUCUAAGUUGUAGUCCUGGAUACCAUGGACAGCAAUGCAAAUUACAAUGCGAUGGUGGCAGAUAUGGACAAGAUUGUGAAGACAGAUGUGGAGCGUGUCUUGGAUAUAAACAAUGUCACCACAUCAAUGGGUCUUGUCUUGGAGGUUGUGACACUGGAUAUGAGGGAGAUUUGUGUAAAUCAGGGUGCUCUGAUGGAAGAUUUGGUAUUAACUGUGAACAUAAAUGUAAUGAAAACUGUGGAGUACCAUAUGAAUGCAACAGAGCCACUGGAGAGAGUGAGGGAGGAUGUCAACCAGGCUGAGAGGGACCUCGAUGUGAUGAUGUUUGCAAGGAAAAUAAGUACGGUGAAAACUGCUUUCAUUCAUGCGGAUUUUGUCGGUUCUCAACUUGUCAGCAUGUAAAUGGAUCCUGCGAAGAAGGGUGCAAGGAAGGAUAUCAAGGAACGUUUUGCAAAGAGGUGUGUGACGCAGGAUAUUAUGGAGACGACUGUAAACAGGAGUGCAGCAUUUUCUGCAAAACAUCACGUGAUUGUCACCACGUGACUGGACAUUGUAACAAAGGCUGUAUUGGUGGAUGGCAGGGUUUAACAUGCAUGCAAGGUAAAUGUUUUACAGUUACCCACACAUUGAUCAUUAAAGCAUACCUAACUCAGUGGCACUAGUUUUAUAAUGCUUCGAGUCUAAUGUAAAUCGAGGGUCGUAUACUAUUUUUUGAAUUCGCAGAAAAAACGGAUGGAUCAAGAUUUUUUGGCGUCCUAGCAGCUUUGCUUAUCUGCAUAGUUAUAAUCGUGGUUUUAGUUACCUAUAUAUGGAUUAAAAGGGUUCAAAGAAAGAAAAAAGAAAACCAGGACAUAAACAAGUGUAACGAAGGUCCUCCAACAACUGUCAAUCAAUUGUACCUUGUUCAUCAAGAUACAAAGAAUGGAGAUGGUCAUGCAUAUAAUAAGAUACAAGGCUUUGACAUUAAAACUAUUUCCAAUAGCAUGGAUAAAAAUUACUGAAGGAAUUACGUACAGCUUAACGAUAUGACAGCAUCAGGCUAUACACUGCCUUGUCCAGAGUUAACUGACAAAUGACUCGUCAUGCUUUACUUUAUAGCUUUAUUAUCGUAGCCCUGUACGUGAUGAGGCACUUAAUAUAUAGUUGUUGGUGUAAAGUAGUUUUAUAUACAGUUGUUGGUAUAAGACACUUAUUAAACAUGACUACAACUUUUAAAUGAACAAAAUUGUAUAGUU